ACACAAUUAUAUGUACACGCCAUCCUUAUGCACGCGCCUGGACCCUCACACAGCAUCCUGCCUCUCUCCCGGAGACCCCCACAUCGAUCCGGUCACAUGACCGUGAUGCAAUCAGCGGGCCUUCCUGGCGGAGAAAUCCGGCGUACGGUCGUGUAGGAAGGUGCCCGGUGCCCAUAUAAGCGGCGGCUGGAUGCCCAGCACAGCGGGGACGGAGUGAGGCCAGCUGCGGGAAAGUGCCAUGAUUCUGCAGUGUCUACGUUUGGCGACUUGGUUAUUCUUCGUAUCAUCAAUUGGAGCCAGCCCUGCAGAUGAGAGUGCAGCAAGGGGAAGCCGCACCGACCAGGGAGACGCAGCUUUGGAUGAGAAACACCAGGACACUUAUGGCACAUUUGCAUCUGAGUUCUAUGACUUGAGAUAUCUAUCCGAAGAAGGGUACCCAUUUCCCACAGCUCCUCCAGUUGAUCCUUUUGCAAGGAUACGUGUAGAUGAUUGUGGAAAAACUAAAGGAUGCUUUAGGUAUGGCAAACCAGGUUGUACUGCGGAGACCUGUGAUUACUUUCUAAGCUAUCGUCGAAUUGGGGCAGAUGUUGAGUUUGAGCUGAGUGCUGACACUGAUGGAUGGGUAGCUGUUGGAUUUUCUUCUGAUAAAAAGAUGGGAGGCGAUGAUGUAAUGGCCUGUGUCCAUGAUGAUAAUGGAAGGGUCCGCAUACAACACUUUUAUAAUGUUGGCCAGUGGGCUAAAGAGAUCCAGAGGAAUCCAGCCAGAGAUGAGGAAGGCAUAUUUGAAAACAACCGUGUAACUUGUCGUUUCAAACGCCCUGUAUAUGUUCCCAGAGAUGAGACGAUAGUGGAUUUACACCUAAGCUGGUAUUAUUUGUUUGCCUGGGGUCCUGCAAUUCAAGGCUCAAUAACGCGGCAUGAUAUUGACUCGCCACCGGUUUCAGAGAAUGUAGUCAGCAUUUACCGAUAUGAAGAUAUUUUCAUGCCUUCGGCAGCCUACCAGACCUUCUCCUCUCCUUUUUGCCUUCUUCUGAUUGUUGCAUUAACCUUCUAUCUGCUAAUGGGAACCCCAUAAGGCUGCAAUUGUUAACCUUUCGAUCUGACAGAGAAUAUAUGAAGAUUUUGUGCUCUCUCAUGCUUGACAUUUUAUGUCACUUUCUGCUGGAACAACAGGCAAUAUGUUAUAUGUUAAUCUAGCAGAUUUUGCAGAAUCGGAUGGUAUUGGAGAAACUAAUUUGGUGGUUAUUAAUCACGUUCCAAGAAUAAUGUAAUUGUUUAAAAGCUUAAAAUGGUAUUAAUAUUGUGUUUAAUUUGCAGUAUCUGUCAUAUACAGGGUUUCUUACAGUAUUCUUGUGGCAGCUAUGGAAGGAUUUACAAAAGGAUGUUUAAAUUUUGCAUAUCUCUUAGAUUACCAAACCACAAUACCUUUAUAUAGUAGCUGGUUUCUCAGCAUAAAAUAUAUUAUGUACUAUAAAGAAUUAAAUGAUCUAUAUUACAAAUAAUGCACUGUUAACUAUUAGCUAACAUAUGAUAGUUUUUAAAAGCCAAUAUAGUUUAUUUUUAUGAUAGAAUUUUUGUUGUCCAUCAUACCAGAAACAGGAAGCCGUUUCUCUAAAUGCAUCUACCUAAUUCAUUUAUGAGUUAGGCUGUGUUCACAUCUGUGUUUUAUGGGAAGAAUAAUGCUUCAUUCAGCACAAUUUUAUGAUGCACAUGUACCCAGCCACCUGCAUGAUGUAAAAAAAAAAAAAACAUAAUUCAUCAAACUAGGCCACUUCCUUCCAUUGCUGUAUAAUCCAAAUCUGAUUCUCGCCUACCCGUUGUAGAUGCCUUCAGUGGUGGACUAUGUAUUGUCACCUAUUACAGCAAGAAGUCAAAUUUUUCUGUGGGAUCAGAUAGUGUUCACUCCCCUUGUGCAUUAGUGAGCCUAGAAAGCCCCAUGAACCUGUCACUUCUUCACUGGUGAUCCUUCCUUGGAAAGCUUUUGUCAGGUACUAACCACUGCAUACAAGGAGCACCCAAUUAGAUCUUUCAGUUUUGGAGAUACUUUGACUAAUAUUUAUCAAAUCCUGUGCAAAGGAAAAGUUGCCCAUAGCAACCAAAUUGCUUCUUAAAUUUUGCAGAGGCCUUGUUAUAAAUGAAAGAGGUGAGCUGAUUGGUUGCUAUGGGCAACUAGGCAACUUUUCCUCUGGACAGGUUUUGAUAAAUCUCCCCCUUUGUGUCUUGCCAACACAAUCUGGACAAAAGUUGCCAAGAUCAAAAAUUCACUAUUGAGCAGCACCUUUCUUGUGACUACAUUAAAAACAGUAUAAACAUUGCACAGAAAACAAUGGCAUGCACAUGGUAGAUAACUAAUAUAUUUCCAACUACUCCCUGUCCUUAGUCAAAGUAAAUCUAUUCAUGUCUAACUACCUGGUACACAUUACUACAUACCAAACAAAGAACAUUUUAUCCCAUAUAUAAAGCCUAUUUAAAUAAUUUAUUAAGAAUACGAUCCAUUCUAUGAAGGCCACCAAGGUGGCUUGUAUCUAGCAUUAGUAUUCGGUAGCUUUUCUGUCUACAGUCAUGGCCGUAAAUGUUGGCACCCCUGAAAUUUUUCAAGAAAAUUAAGUAUUUCUCACAGAAAAUGAUUGCAGUAACACAUGUUUUGCUAUACACAUGUUUAUUCCCUUUGUGUGUAUUGGAACUAAACCAAAAAGGGAGGAAAAAAGCAAAUUGGACAUAAUGUCACACCAAACUCCAAAAAUGGUCUGAACAAAAUUAUUGGCACCCUUUUGCUCCUUUGGAAAAAAUAACUGAAAUCAGUCGCUUCCUAUAACCAUCAAUAAGCUUCUUACACCUCUCAGAAGGCAUGUUGGACCACUCUUCCUUUGCAAACUGCUUCAGGUCUCUCUUAUUGGAAGGUGCCUUUUCCCAACAGCAAUUUUAUGUUCUCUCCACAGGUGUUCAAUGGGAUUUGGAUCUAGCCUCAUUUCUGGCCACUUCAGAACUCUCCAGCGCUUUGUUGCCAUCCAUUUCUGGGUGCUUUUUGACGUAUAUUGUCCUGCUGGAAAACCUAAGAUCUCGGACGCAAACCCAGCUUUCUGACAUUGGGCUGUACAGUGCGACCCAAAAUCCAUUGGUAAUCCUCAGAUUUCAUGAUGCCUUGCACCCAUUCAAGGCACCCAGUGCCAGAGGCAGCAAAACAACCCCAAAACAUCAUUGAACCUCCACCAUAUUUCACUGUAGGUACUGUGUUCUUUUCUUUGUAGGCCUCAUUUUUGGUAAACAGCAGAAUGAUGUGCUUUACCAGAAAGCUCUAUCUUGGUCUCAUCUGUCUACAAGAUGUUUUCCCAGAAGAAUUUUGGCUUACUCAAGUUCAUUUUGGCAAAAUGUAGUUUUGCUUUUUUAUGUCUCUGUGUCAGCAGUGGGGACCUCCUGGGUCUCCUGCCAUAGCGUUUCAUUUCAUUUAAAUGUCGACGCAUAGUUUGCACUGACACUGAUGCUCCCUGAGGCUGCAGGACAGCUUGAAUAUCUUUGGAACUUGUUUGGGGCUGCUUAUCCACCAUUCGGACUAUCCUGCGUUAACACCUUUCAUCAAUUUUUCUCUUCUGUCCACACCCAGGGAGAUUAGCUACAGUGCCAUGGGUUGCCAACUUCUUGAUAAUGUUGUGCACUGUGGACAAAGGCAAAUCUAGAUCUCUGGAGAUGGACUUGCUUUGUGUGGCACACAGACACACAAUGCAAAGAUUAAGUGAACUUCUCUCCGUUUUAUCUGCUUUCAGGUGUGAUUUUUAUAUUGCCCACACCUGUUACAUGCCCCAGGUGAGUUUAAAGGAGCAUCACAUGCUUGAAACAAUCUUAUUUUUCCACAAUUUUGAAAGGGUGCCAAUAGUUUUGUCCACCCAUUUUUGGAGUUUGAUGUGACAUUAUGUCCAAUAGAGAUGUCGCGAUUUGUUCGCUGGCGAACAGUUCCCGGCGAACUUAGCAUGUCCGCGUUCGCAUCGCCGGGAGAACAUAUGUGAAGUUCGAUUUGCCCCCUAUACUUUAACAUUGUGGUAAACUUUGACCCUGUGAUUCAGCAGACACAUUACAGCCAAUCAGCAGCAGUCCUUCCCUUCCAGACCCUCCUACCUCCUGCACGGACGCCAUUUUACCUUAAUUCGGCAUGCUGCAGGCUUAGAAAGUGGAGGGACAGAGAAGCUGCUCCUGCUGUAAUAGGGAAAGCGAUAGCUAGGUUGCUGCUAGGUGGUGUAUUCAGGGUCCACUUUACUCCUAAAGCACUAGUCUAACAUCUGUUUUAAGGACAGCACCCAAAAAAGCCCUUUUUAGGGCUCAAAUAUCAGUCCGUGUGUCUUGCAACAGCUGGAGGCACCCUGGUUGGGAGGGAACCGCUGGUUAAAAGGGGUACUCCAGUGUAAAACUUAAGUUCCUUCAAGCAACUAACUACAGUAUUAAAAGGGAUAUAAGUUCAGUCCGUGUGUCUUGCAACAGCUGGAGGCACCCUGCUCGGGAGGGAACUGCUGGUUAAAAGGGAUACUCCAGUGUAAAACUUAAGUUCCUUCAAGCAACUAACUACAGUAUUAAAAGGGCUAUAAGUUCAGUCCGUGUGUCUUGCAACAGCUGGAGGCACCAUGGUUGGGAGGGAACCGCUGGUUAAAAGGGGUACUCCGGUGUAAAACUUAAGUUCCUUCAAGCAACUAACUACAGUAUUAAAAGGGCUAUAAGUUCAGUCCGUGUGUCUUGCAACUGCUGGGGGCACCCAGGUUGGGGACCUCUGCUUAAAAGGGGAACUCCGCUGGCAACCUUUUUUGCUCAUUGUCACACUAGUGCAAAUCACAUUUGGUGUGACAGUUGUUCAAAUAAAAUUUUAAAAAAAACUUUUUUGGCUGUGAAAUAAAACCAGUACUGCCUAAAGGGGGGCUCUAACUAUGUGCUGCCUAACAUGGGGGAAUCUAUGUGCUGCCUAAAGGGGGGGAUCUAACUAUGUGAUGCCUAAAGGGGGAUCUAACUAUAUUCUGCCUAAAGGGGGCUCUAUGUGCUGCCUAAAAGGAGGCUCUACCUAUGUGCUGCCUAAAGGGGGCUCUAACUAUGUGCUGCCUAAUAUGGGGGAAUCUAUGUGCUGCCUAAAGGGGGGAUCUAACUAUGUGAUGCCUAAAGGGGGGCUCUAUGUGCUGCCUAAAGGGGGCUAAAGCACGUUAUUCCAGAUAAUUUAGGAAUAAUAGAUGAUUUAUGCCCUUUAUGGAUUAAAACCAGACUCUGCAUCAACUAUGUAAUUUUCCAUGGGAGUUUUUGCCAUGGAUCCCCCUCCAGCACGCCACAGUCCAGGUAUUAGUCCCCUUGAAAAAACUUUUAAAUCACUAUUGUGGCCAGAAAGAGUCCCUGUGGGUUUUAAAAUCCGCCUGCCCAUUGAAGUCAAUGGCGGUUCGCCAGUUCGCAAACAUUUGCAGAAGUUCAAAAAUGUUAUGUUCGCGACAUCACUAAUGUCCAAUUUGCUUUUUCUCCUCCCUUUUUUGGUUUAGUUCCAAUACACACAAAGGGAAUAAACAUGUGUAUAGCAAAACAUGUGUUACAGCAAUCCUGUGAGAAAUUUCAGGGGUGCCAACAUUUACGGCCAUGACUGUACCUCAUGAGUUGUACCGGUCAUAUACCUUGCAAUACCACCCUUUUAUACCUUUUUUUAUACUCUUAUUGUAUUUUGCAUGGUAUUCAAAACAAAAAACUUUGAGGCAUUGAAAGUAAAGCAUCAGACUAGACAAACACUCUGAUAACUACAAAAGUUACAUACCGAAAAGUGGUUGUAUUCCUCUAAAAAAUAUCUAAGACUAAUGGUCACCAAUUGAGUAAAUCAUUUCCUCUUCUAAAUAAGUAAAAAGAGAAAUGAGGAUGAGUCUACUAUAAACAACAUACAUAUGUAGCUGGCACGGAUUACACUCACUGAACAGUCAGGCACACGUGUCCCGUCAUGAUGUCUCUGCGGAGACUAUUACAGCAUCAUUUUGUCAUCUAUGCUAUACUUAGUGCUCUUCAUCCGCUCAGCACUGCUCACUUGCUUAGAAGUAAUGCUGCAACAUCUCUUUAAGAAACCUAUAUAGUGCAGCAUAGGCUAUUAUUAGAGAAUAAUGUAUUAUGCCUUCUGCCCACCUGUUGUAGCUGAUGUGGCAGGAAUGGGUUUUCAGGCAUACAAAUUUUUAUUUUAGAACAGAAAUUAUUUAUUUAUGCUGCCUACAUUUCCCAUGAAUCCUAUGAACACGUAAUCACCUGGGGAUCUAUCUAUCGCAAGUUUUUGCUGCAAUUUUCCAUAAUCAUAGGAAUAAUUGCAAUUUUCACAAUUGCAGUAAAUAGCCCCAUUUUUGCCACGAUUUUGGAAAAAUCUAAUGGAAAAACUGCAAAAAUGCAACUAUUAAAUAUAUAUUGUGAUCCUAUAGAGAUAGCAGCAGUAUAAAGAUAGAAAUGGUGGGGAUAGGUCUGGAAGUUUCCGGGAAGUCAGCUAAACCCAGGAAAUACCACUUUCCCUGACACAUGAAAAACUGAUUUUUCUGUAGGUUAGACUUGUGAUUACAUGACCCAGUUACAGAAAUUAAAUGCAUGGUUGCAGUUGUGAUGAAAUGAAACAAAUGGCACUGUGGGACUAGUGAUGGAGAGUGUGCAUUAUAUUGGCAAAAAAAAAAUGGAGUGCUUAUUCAAUUUGCACCUUCUUUACGUUUACAGUUUACUGGGCAGUUCACUGCUUAAAUCUCAACAUCUUUAGAGGGUCUAUUAUUCAUUUACCACCGCCGUAUACUAAAUCAGAUUACUAUUGUUUUGCAAAACAGACAACAGUUAUUAAACGGUGAUACUGGGGCAACUUUUACAAUAAUGUUAGGGUUCCACUGUUCUUUUCUCCAGUGCAAAUUUCUGACUUGUCAUGGGGGGGGGUUGGUGAAGCGCAAAGCUACAUACCUAUUUCCUGGCUAUGUCUCGAAAUCGGGUCUCAGCAAAGUGUACCCAACCAAUCAAAACUUUUGACAUGUCUGUGUUACAAGCCAAAGUUUUUUUUUUUUCUUUUUAUGAUAGUAACACUUUAACUAUUGAGCAGCAGUUUAGAGGACUGCUUUAAGAUCCAUAAAGCAAUUUCACACCUAGAAAUAGAGUGUCACUAUAAAUAACCCUAUAUAGACUUUUUACCAUGAUCUUUGCCCCUGGUUCCCGGCUGAGAGUUUUGGCUAAAGAGCUGGUAUGUACUUCCAUUGUACAACAUUUCAUAAGAGAACAGUAAAGGGUAAGAAUUAGUAUUAUUUAUUAAAGAUAUAUUUUCAUACUAGAUAUUCAUACUCAGUAUUCAUUCUCUGUUCACCAUUCCACAUAACACUGUCUAUGGAUACAACAUGAAAAAAGCAGUACCACUGUUUAUAGCUGUGGUGUUAUUGUGCUUGGAGAUCCAAAUAUUUAGCUUGUAAGAAGAGUGUCUGGAAAAUUUCUAAAGAGAAAAUGUUCAGGCUAUGUACGAUGAAGUCUACAAUAAUUUUUACAGAAGUAUAAGGAAUGUAUAUGUUUUUGAUUCGUAUAAUAAAAUAUCCUCUGUUUUUAAAAAGUU